AUGAAACGAAGUGUUGCCCUUUAUGUGGCGCCAUGGGUGCCACCGCCGCGGCAGGACGUCAAAAUCACCAUGCCGCCCCCCCCGGGCGGGGAGGUGGGCGGGAGCUUCGGCGUAUCCCUCGGGUAUAGCGAUCGGCUCGCGCGGAUGCCGUAUUGGCAGCGCAUGGCCCUUUCCACCUACGAACUUCGCAUGCGUGAGAACGAAACGCGCUACCCCAUGAGCCCCUAUCGCGAGGGCGAGUACGACCUCCGCUAUACGCGAAUUCCUUAUCUGGACCACCACAAACACCGCCCGCUGCUCGAAGUCGGGGAGGCGCGGCAAAUCCCCAGCCUGCGCAUUCCCGUUAUCUUUUUAGUCCAUUUAUGGGAUGAGGAAAAACAAACGUGGUUUGGAAGGCGAUUGGAGACCGUCUACGUCGGCUCCACCUUCGCGCGGGAGGAACUAAUUCCGCAGCGCUACGCCAUCUACGCCACGCCGGAGGCCUAUCAGCUCCUUGGGCUACCGGUGAUUCGCCAUCAUAUCCACGACGAAAUCCCGAAAACGCCGCAUGAGUAUAAAAAACUGAUGGAAAAGCAAAGCUACGAGGAGGAGCGGUGGAAAUACACGAUUGAGUAUCUUUUUCGACGUUAUGAGGAUGGCCCGCCGGCGCUGCUUGACAGACCGGAGGACGGCUCCGAUGGGGUAGUGGAAGGGGAUGCCGAGUCUACAUCGGGUGCGGUCAAGGAUAGUGAGGGAACCCACAAAGGGCCGUUAAAACAGCGCAAAGCGAGAAAAAUCAAGCUGUUCUAA